CCCCGCUGCGUCUGCCACCACGCAUCCAUCCAUCCUUGAGCCUGGUCUGGUCACUGGUGUGGCUGUGGCUGUGGCGUCACGCAAGCCUACCAAAAAGCAAAGCUUGGGGAUUUCUUCCACCUCUGUUUCUUCUCUUCCUCUUGCUUUUCUCCGCUUCUGAACCUUCCUUCCUUCUCGCCCUCUUCCUCCUCUCAGCGAGCUCUCCCAGAAGCCGGAGCAAGCAAUCGAGCUCGCACCAACUCUGCCGGCCGGACGGACGGACCGGGCAGGGGAUAGGAUCUGAAGAAGCUUCAGAGGUUAGUAGCAGACCAGACAAGUCGAUCCAUCCAUCCAUCCAUCUUGGGGUUGUCCGGUCCAGUCGCCGUGAUCGAUCGAGCUCCAUGAUGAAUGUGCUCUCCAGCGGCCACCCCCAGAACCUGCGCAUGAUCCAUCACCACCAUCAACACGACAUUUUAUUAUUAUGUCCACGGCGGAGCACCAUCAACGCACAUCCUCCUAGCCGCACGAGGAGGCCAUCUUCAGGCUCCUUCCGCCGCGGCGCCGUCGUCCCGGUCAGGGCCGUCGCCGACGACGGCGGCGAAUCCAGCAGCGGCAAAGACGACGACGACGAAGACAAAGAAGAGAAGCCAAGAAAAGACGACGACGAGGGCACGUCGUCGGCGUCGGCGUCGAGGCGGAACCGGGAGGAGCUGGAGCGGCUGGUGGGGGCGCCGGACGACGACGGCUUCAGCGGGCUCGACCUGGCCACGCUCAUCCGGAAGCGCUACGGCCGGAGCUACGACGUGACGCUCAUCCGGAAGCAGUUCAUGGGGCGGAGCCUGCUGGCGAUGAACGUGAUGUGGAAGUACCGGGAGCAGCGGUCCUUCCCGCUGACGGAGGAGGAGUACCUGCUCCGCCUCGACGACGUGGCCAACACGCUCCGCUCCUGGGGCGCCGUCGCCCACGUCCGCAACUCGCUCGAGACCACCAAGGACCGCCCCCGCAUCGGCAAGGCCGUCAGCAUCUUCAUCGACGUCGACUCCGCCGGCGGCGGCAAGCGCUCCGACGAGUGGAUCUACAAAUGAACUACUACUUGACACCAUUCAGCAACGCAACGCAACUCCUAGGCUAAGUGACAUUGCAGGGAAUGAAGCGAUGCCUUGGGCUGCUACUCCUAGACUUGUUUCGUUCGCAGCGUUGCAUGCAUAGACUAAUGCAAAAACAACCGUACUUUAUAAGUUAAAUGCAUGACUCGCUUACGUGGCAAAUUUUGCAUGACUUAGUGGGAGAGAAGGCUUAAAUGCAUUGCUUAAUGAGACAUUGAGGCGGACACUUUACAUGUCAAAAGAAUUGGGACCAACUUCUCAAUAAUGUAAGCUCGAAAUGCCAUCACACACGACGGGGCUGCCAUAUUGGAUCGUGCCUGCGUCGGCUGCAAUUUCGUCGUGUGUAUAGCAGCUCUCAUGUAAGAUCUAUAUCCACAGAUCUCAUGCGCGUCGAAUUUGCCGACUCCAGCAACGACGAGUUGAGAUUGAAGAAGGCUUCAUCAUCCAUGCAUGUGUACCACCAACUUAAUUUGCUAUUUUUGCAACCAAUUCAAGUUUGUUACUACUAUC